AGGGUCCUCUUCGCCUCGCCGUAAUCUUUCAAAAGAAAAGAGAAAGAACCAACAACGACUCGAGGAAGUUCGUUUAUGCACCUGCAGUACUUUAUGAAAGGAAGAACGCCAUAAAUCAUCACAAAUAUCAAACCGAAUUCGCCUGUAUUUUCCAUUCGUGGGAGCCGCUAUCGUCGUCGUCGUCGUCUCACAAAAGAAACUCAAGCACCUGCGCCAUGUACGUGCUCUUCCUUUACCUUUGUAUUUUAGCAGUGGCGGCUGCGGUGACGUUUGCUUUGUUCGGCGAGGUGGGCGAGGCGGACGUGGCCCCCACCGAUGCGCUGACAUUCUUUGCCGGCGCGCCUCCUUCUUCUUCCACCGCUGCCGAGAAGGAGGAGGAGGACCCCAACGCUGCCCAAUCAAGAGAUAGUCAUUCGAAGGAGAGCGCCGUUGCAGCAUCAGCAGCAGAAGCAGCAGCGGACUCCUCGUCGGCGAUCAGCGAAGGCGUGGCACACAUCGGUCACCUGCUCACCAAGUGUGGCGUGCCGCUGCAGCAGCAGGAGAUGAUUUCCUUCCUCGGUCAGCACUGCUGCGUGCUGCCCGUGGAGUCGCACACGGUACGGGUGCUCACUCACCCUACUGUGUUUUACGAGGAGCUGAAGAAGAAAGUCAUGGCCGCCCAGCGCUCCAUCACGCUCUCAGCCCUCUACAUCGGCGACGGUCCGCUCUCCACCGCCUUUGUUGGCUGCUUGGAGGAAAAGGUGCGGUGGGCCGCGGCGGGCGGGCAUCCGUUUUCCAUUACGAUCCUGCUUGACUUCAAUCGAAUGCAGGACCGCAAAAACCUCGUGACGAUGCGGACGCUGAUGGAGCUGGCGGAGCGCACGGGGAACGCGUCGUUGCUACCGACGGAGGCCUGCGAUGCCUCCGCGCCACACAGCGCAUCAUCCCGGUCCUUUAGUUCGGAGAAAGAGGAGGACUUCGACAAGGCGGACGACGAGACCGGCAGUGAAGCCACUGGCGUGACGGUGCGCCUCUUCCUCUACCAGAAUCCGAGUAAGUGGAACCGCUUCUUCGCCCCCCUCGGCCGCGCUACGGAGGUACUCGGCGUGCAGCACACCAAAAUCUUCGUCUUUGAUCAGCGGCACACCCUUCUCACCGGAGCGAACCUGUCCGAUGAUUACUUCGCCACGCGCAUGGACCGCUACCUCGUCGUGGAGGACAACCCGCUGGUGGGCCAGUGGUUCGCUCGGCUCGUGCGGACGCUGAAUCGCAUCUCCCACCCCGUCGUCUGCCGAAAGGAGUUCGCGCACACGUUUCCUGCAGAGACCGCUCUCGUCCACGGCGAUCGCACGGCUGCUGCGGUGGCGGCGUCGCCGUCGUCCCCUGCGCGCCGUGUCCUGGAGAAAGCAGGCUGCAUCGUGCACUUCCCUGCGUCGCCUUCCGUGAAGGAGGGCUCCCCGACGCUGCACCGCAAGAGCAACCUCGUGAUUCUGCCUAACGCACUCGGGAUGGACCCGUCCACCGACACGGCGGCCUUCUGCGCCAAGACAAAGGAGCUGCUGCACGGGUUUGCGAGCUGGGCGCGGCAGCUGUGCGCGCAGCAGCGGGUGGAGUGGAGCCGCUACGAUUCCGUCCUCUUCCCCACCCUGCAGUUCGGGCGGGCGGGCGUGUACCACGACAGCGUUAUCGUAAAGCAGCUGCUGCGCCUGUCUACCGCGGAGGAUCACAUCUUUCUAACCUCCCCGUACCUGAACAUGUACUCCUCGUUUGUGGAUGAGCUGCUGCGCGGCAGCAGCUACGUGGACUGCAUCACGGCGAGUGUGCAGACGAACGGAUGGAACGGGCAGCGCGGGAUGGCGGGUCGAAUCCCCCUCUUCUACUUGCAGCUGGAGCGGUCCUUUUAUUACCUGAUGAAGGCCUACCACUGCCUGCGCCGUGUGCGCAUCCGGGAGUUUUCCGUGGACGGCCUCACGUUCCAUGCGAAGGGUCUCUGGUUUGCUGGCCACGAGCCUUCCCAUCCCGCGUCGCCGGUGUCGACCACCGCCGCCGCCGCGGCUGCAGGCGCGAAGGACGUGGAGGUGGAGAAGCAGGGGGGCAUCGAUGCGGCAGCUGCGACGUGCUGCCCCGCGAGCAUUUCGGCCCCCUACCUCGUUGCCUACGGCAGCACCAACUACGGCUACCGAUCUGUGCAUAAGGACGUUGAGGCGGAGGCGUUUCUGCUGACGACGAACAACGCGCUGCGGGCGACGCUUCGCCGUGAGCUGCUGUUUCUGUUGGAGCGGUCAGUACCGGUGACGGAGGAGGCGUUUGUCGGCACCGCAAUGGGCCGCUUCCAACCCGUGAUCUCGCUUAUUGCGCAUCUCGGGCAGGAUUUCCUGUAA